GAGGUGGCCAGUUCUAGAGCGCUAGGCUAGGUUAGCCAACUGGAAGUGUGGCACUAUCUUUGGUUAGUCAAGAAGCUGUCGAUUCGAAGCAGACUAGAUAGCUAGGUUGUAGAGCAGGGUCUUUUUAAGCAAGCGAUUAAUUAAAGAAAACAAUCCAGCGAUUCACGUAAAAAAAUACCCGUCCGGUAUAAUAACGUUAGGCUACUUAAUAGUGUAGAUUACACACCAUGGCUGACGAAGGAUAUGUGGUGCGUAUCAGAGGUCUGCCUUGGUCCUGCUCGGUGGAUGAGGUACAGCGGUUUUUCUCAGAUUGCAAAAUUGCGAACAAUGGCACAAGUAUUAAUUUCACCUACACACGCGAGGGACGCCCCAGCGGAGAGGCCUUUGUGGAAAUGGACUCAGAGGAGGAUUUGAAGAUUGCUGUUAAGAAGGACAGAGAAACCUUGGGUCACAGAUAUGUUGAAGUUUUCAAGUCGAACAGUGUCGAGAUGGACUGGGUGAUGAAGCACACCGGUCCAAAUUGCCCUGAGACUGCUGGGGAUGGGCUGGUUCGUCUUAGAGGACUUCCCUUCGGCUGCAGCAAGGAGGAGAUAGUCCAGUUCUUCUCAGGGUUGGAAAUCGUGCCAAAUGGGAUAACAUUGCCGGUGGACAUCCAGGGGAGGAGUACGGGGGAGGCCUUCGUGCAGUUUGCUUCACAGGAUAUAGCUGAAAAGGCUCUAAAGAAACACAAGGAAAGAAUAGGGCACAGGUACGUUGAGAUCUUCAAGAGCAGCCCCGCGGAGGUGCGGACCAACUACGAGCCCCAGAGGAAGCCCAUGGGGAUGCAGCGCCCGGGGCCCUACGACCGGCCCUCGGGGGGCCGUGGAGGCUACAACGGGAUGGGCCGGGGGGGGUCCUUCGACAGGAUGCGGCGUGGCGGCUACGGAGGUGGAUCGGAUGGUCGCUAUGGUGACGGCGGCUCCUCCUUCCAGAGUACAACGGGCCACUGUGUUCACAUGCGGGGCCUCCCUUACAGGGCCACAGAGACGGACAUCUACAACUUCUUUUCCCCCCUGAACCCAGUGAGGGUUCACAUUGAGAUCGGGCCGGACGGCAGGGUGACCGGCGAGGCAGACGUCGAGUUCGCCACGCACGAGGACGCCGUGGCCGGCAUGUCCAAGGACAAGGCCAACAUGCAGCACCGCUACGUGGAGCUGUUCCUCAACUCCACAGCAGGGGGCAGUAAUGAUGCCUAUGGCAGUCCGAUGAUGGGCGGCAUGGGUGAGUCAGCUGCAGACAGCAUGGUUUCUCCUCAGCAAGGUAACCAGUCGUCGUACGGCAGUGGUCAGCUGGGAGCAGGAUACUCAGGGGGCUACAGCAGCCAGGGCAAUAUGGGAGGCUACAAUGAUUAUAUUAGGUAAGCAGGACGGAAUGAGCAGCAGUUACUAUGGCGGUGGAGGAGGAGGGAGUCGGAGUUCCAUGAACGGCCUGAGCAGCGUGGGGACUGGAUGGGGGAUGUAGUUCUGUUUUAAAACUGGCAGUUUGGAAAUGUAGUUCUUGCCUAGUCUUCUGAAAAGUUGGGGGUUUGAGCCAUUUUGGAAAUGAAGGGUAAGGGAUGUAUUUUUCACAAUUUUAUUACGUAAGGUUUAGGAUAAAGGUUGGUCACUGUUUUUUCUUACCAUCCUUGCAUUUGAGCGUAUAGACCUACACACAUCUAUGUUAGUUGGUUGGAAUACCCACAUGUAUUUUCAUUAUCAGACAGUGUGCCGUUUCUAUGUUGCCCCAUACUGAAGAGAUGUCGCUUAUCAGUUUGUGUAGCUCCCCUUGUGUUGACUCUCUUUCACUUCAGACCCACCAACGCUCAGAAAUACAUUCUGUAUAUAUCUAGAUGUUUCUCCUUACAUUGAUUCUGCAUAAAUUGAAGUGCUUUCUCGAAGUAUGAAAUAUGUGAAUGUGACAUUCGACAUAGUUAAAACUGCAUGGUUAAAGGUUUAGUUUUAUAAUGGUUGGGAGGGGGGUUAAGCUUGCUGAUUUAUACCUGGGGGAGAACUGGGGUCUGAGUUUGUGAACAUUUCUACUGUUUCUUUCUUUGUAUUCAAUGUGCACAGAGUGAGUAAAGAUGUCUCAAUGAUCAA